UUGAGCUUGCAGCCUGUAGCGCUUUUUACUCUUGUAGGCUAUGAAUUUGAAUGAAUUUCUUUUUUGUCCUAACACAAUAGUAUUUGAAAAUUGUAGUAAAUUAACAUUGUUCAAAAUAUACAACCUUUCGAUGCUAAAAGCGAGCUGCGAAAUUUGAAAAAAAAAACAUUCGCUAAUCGAUCGAUCGAUCGAUAUAAUCGCGUCCGACGGGCAAUGCAACGGUUUAUACAGGUCCACCCAAUACAAAAUUUUACAACAUUUCUCGUACUUUUUUGAGUAAAAGAAACCUAUUUGGCAAGAAAACAAAAACAAAGAAAAAAUAAAUAAAAUAAAAAUAUAGGCACCCGUCGUCGACGCACCCGAGGUUGGAGACGUGUCGCGUCAAAUGGGAAUCGAUAAAUCCGACGUUGCAGGGGAAAUCCGUUACACGGCCAACGCGGGUCAAAGUCGUCGUCUGAUAUGAUUGAUUUUCGGCGGGAGGAGACACGACGACGUCGCCGACGACGAAGAACGAUAGCUCCGAUUUGCUGCAGCGGCACAGAGGCGGCCUGUAUCGGGCCCCAGAGACUGCGCUGGGAUGUUUUUGAUACUGCGAUUGUUCAAUAGCAUCCUGUUCGUCCUCGCAAAUGUGUCGAUCGCGUUUUAUACCAUGCAACGAUUUUUUCGAGUUAUGAGGACGCACUACCAACUCGUCGACGAAGUUGAGGACUUUAGUUUCUUGGUGAACCAAGCUCGCGCGAGUCUCGACUUUGUCGGCAACAAGAUCCUCGAAUCGAUGAAAGAUAUGGAGGCCGACAUCGGGCGGGAAGUCUACGUCACGCACAAUCUGACGAAGCUCAGCACAAAGACGGCUGCUCUGCUGCGACGAUUCAGCGAAUUGGAAGAGAACAUAAUCGAGCUGGCUCGUUUGAGUUACAACAUGGACAACGCGAUGGUCGAGACGCCGGCCGACGUGAACGAGGAAGUGCGACGCAUCUUCAAAGCGCUGAAACAGAAAAACGCGACCGUCGACAGUCAUCACAACAACAAUCAUCACAGUCAUCAUCAGUCGCAGUCGCACCAGCAGAUACCGAGCGACGCUCCUUCGUCGCGGAUUCGCGCGCGUAGCGCUCCCGCCAAAAAGGAGCGCUCGAGCCGGAGUCACGGCAACAUCGAGACCGCAGCCGCCGGCCAGCACGGCAGCAGCAGCCAUCUGCCCCAGCCAGUGUCCAAAUUCUCGACGACGCAGGCCAGGGCCAGAUCGUCGCCGCGCACCACCACCACGACGUCCGCCAAUCCGCCCGUCGUGCCCGAGGUCACGCUGCUCGUCGAGGCGCCGCCGAAUCUCAACAGCUUCGACAAGCCAAUUGGAUUUAGACCGCCUUGGAUGUGUCAAGUGUGAUAUGAUCGAUUCGAGGUGCGCAACGCCGCUGCGACGACACGAUCAUCGUAACGUUGAAACUUUUUCUCGAAAAAAAAAAAAAAAAAAAAAAAACUGGUGAGAAAAAUUAAUCGCUACUUUUUGUAUAAAACUUUGCUGUCGUCAUCCUUACACGAUCGAAGUGCCAAAACGUGUGUCCGACGAAAACUUCACACGAGAAUGGCUGUAUCGAAGUUUUACACGAUAUAGAAUUUAAAGA